AUGCGUAAGGCCGCGUCCACACGUUUGGACUCAUUUCCGCCCCUGCUUCCCCUCAUUUCCGCCCCUGCUUCCCCUCAUUUCCGCCCCUGCUUCCCCUCCUUUCCCCCCACGCAUCCCCUCAUUUCCGCCCCUGCUUCCCCUCAUUUCCGCCCCUGCUUCCCCUCCUUUCCCCCCACGCAUCCCCUCAUUUCCGCCCCUGCUUCCCCUCCUUUCCCCCCACGCAUCCCCUCAUUUCCGCCCCUGCUUCCCCUCCUUUCCCCCCUUGCUUCCCCUCCUUUCCCCCACUUAUUCCCCUCCUUUCCCCCACUGCUUCCCCUCCUUUCCCCCACUGCUUCCCCUCCUUUCCUCCACUUCUCUGCCUCGCCUUUCCCCCCCGUACUUCCCCUGCUUUCCCCCGCUGAUUCCCCUCCUUUCCUCUCCCCUCCUUCCCCCCGUUUCCCCCACUGCUUCCUCUCCUUUCCCCCAUUGCUUCCCCUCCUUUUCCCCCCUCUCUGCAUCGCCUUUCCCCCCGUGCUUCCCCUCCUUUCCCCCCUCCUCCCCCCCGUUUCCACCACUGCAUCCCCUCCUUUCGCUCCCUUCCCUUGCUUACCCUCCCUCCCUCCCCCUACCUACUGUUUCCACUUUCCACCUCCAGUAUCGUACUACCACCCACGUUUCCCAGUAAUGCCCUCUCCGCAUCCCUUCUCACCCCCUCAUUUCCUCUCUGCAUCCCUUCUCACCCCAUCCUUUCCUCUCCGCAUCCCUUCUCACCCCAUCCUUUCCUCUCCGCAUCCCUCCUCACCCCAUCCUUUCCUCUCCGCAUCCCUCCUCACCCCAUCCUUUCCUCUCCGCAUCCCUCCACACCCCAUCCUUUCCUCUCCGCAUCCCUUCUCACCCCAUCCUUUCCUCUCCGCAUCCCUCCUCACCCCAUCCUUUCCUCUCUGCAUCCCUUCUCACCCCAUCCUUUCCUCUCCGCAUCCCUUCUCACCCCAUCCUUUCCUCUCCGCAUCCCUCCUCACCCCAUCCUUUCCUCUCCGCAUCCCUCCUCACCCCAUCCUUUCCUCUCCGCAUCCCUCCACACCCCAUCCUUUCCUCUCCGCAUCCCUUCUCACCCCAUCCUUUCCUCUCCGCAUCCCUCCUCACCCCAUCCUUUCCUCUCUGCAUCCCUUCUCACCCCAUCCUUUCCUCUCCGCAUCCCUUCUCACCCCAUCCUUUCCUCUCCGCAUCCCUCCACACCCCAUCCUUUCCUCUCCGCAUCCCUCCUCACCCCAUCCUUUCCUCUCCGCAUCCCUCCUCACCCCAUCCUUUCCUCCCCGCAUCCCUUCUCACCCCAUCCUUUCCUCUCCGCAUCCCUCCUCACCCCAUCCUUUCCUCUCCGCAUCCCUCCUCACCCCAUCCUUUCCUCUCCGCAUCCCUCCUCACCCCAUCCUUUCCUCUCCGCAUCCCUUCUCACCCCAUCCUUUCCUCUCCGCAUCCCUCCUCACCCCAUCCUUUCCUCUCUGCAUCCCUUCUCACCCCAUCCUUUCCUCUCCGCAUCCCUUCUCACCCCAUCCUUUCCUCUCCGCAUCCCUCCUCACCCCAUCCUUUCCUCUCCGCAUCCCUCCUCACCCCAUCCUUUCCUCUCCGCAUCCCUCCACACCCCAUCCUUUCCUCUCCGCAUCCCUUCUCACUCCAUCCUUUCCUCUCCGCAUCCCUCCUCACCCCAUCCUUUCCUCUCUGCAUCCCUUCUCACCCCAUCCUUUCCUCUCCGCAUCCCUCCUCACCCCAUCCUUUCCUCUCCGCAUCCCUCCACACCCCAUCCUUUCCUCUCCGCAUCCCUCCUCACCCCAUCCUUUCCUCUCCGCAUCCCUCCUCACCCCAUCCUUUCCUCUCCGCAUCCCUCCUCACCCCAUCCUUUCCUCUCCGCAUCCUUCCUCACCCCAUCCUUUCCUCUCCGCAUCCCUCCACACUCCAUCUAUCCUCUCAGCAUCCUUUCUCUCCCCAUCCCUCCUUGCCACCAUCCCCUCAGGUUUUGUGGCGCUGUGUCCAGGAAAGGCGACCUGCUGCGUGCACUCUUUGCUUAGUUACUAG